AUGGAAAAUUUCAGAUCCAAGUCAUGCAGAGAUAUCAAAGAUAUGCAGCUGGAGAGGUAUAGUUAUGGAGAUAGAGAAGUAUCAGCAGCUGCUCCAUCUGGGAUGAACACUAUGAGGAGUUACAGUACUAAUUUUGCAUCCUCAGUCAAUCCUGCUCCACCAAGUUUUAUGACAGGGAAUGGUCAAGAAUUACAGAUGAAGAAGGCGAAGAGCAAUCAAGGGUCUAUCGCGAAAAGCUGGAGCUUCAAUGAUCCCGAGAUGAAGCGGAAGAAGAGGGUUGCUGGAUAUAAGGUUUAUGCAGUGGAGGGUAAGAUGAAAGGGUCUUUGAGAAAGAGUUUCAGGUGGAUUAAGGACAUUGUGUAUGGAUGGAGGUGA